AUGCCCAUCUCAGCCACCGCUAGCCGUUAUAAACGGACAUACCAUCCUCCUGUCAACUAUAAGAACGCGGGACUAAGGAGUGAAGUCCGUGGCAAGGCGCCAGGAACCCCUUAUGCCUACCAGCAGCUGAAGAAGUUGAAUGACCUGCACGCAUUGAAGAACCCUGAUUGGCGAAACCGUCCCUCUGACAACAGUUCAUCGGCAGCGAAUGAUAGUGAACACAAUAUUCCAGAAGUGGUUGGUGCCGGAGAGCAACGAAUUGGCAUGGAUGCCUCUCCGCCAACGCCAAGAUCUGCCGCACAAGGCAAACGCGAAACAGAGUCACAGCAGUUUAUCAGUUCGUCACAAGAUGGUGCCGCUGCAAGCAACACCUUGAGAUAUAGCCAGAACGACAUUUUCGCGAUAUCCUCUAGAAUGGAACAAAGGAUGCUUAAAACUCUGGAAGAAGAAAAGCCCGCUCAGUAUGAAGUUCUGAAGCAACUAUCCCUCUCAUCCUCCAGAGAACAUCCCUUGAACCUAUUUGAAGUUGCUCCUCUGGGCAGCACCCCCAGCUACUCGACGAAGACUGUCGUGGAUAUUCGACCUCUGAGAGGAAGCUUUGAACAGCGGAAACAGGGGGCUUCCAGCAACAGCCAAGAUGAGCAGCUAACAGCAGCGCUUCGAGCCGCCGACGCGACGCCUCUCAGAGUUCGAGCGCAUGUAUACCAAGCUCGUGGUCCAUACACAAUCUCGGAUGAGCGACGAGCACGAAAGGGCUUCUCUGAGACUCACGAAGCGUAUGAAUCGCAAAGUAACAAGACUCAUACUCACACCAAUGAGCGUCAACUAUCCAAGUCGGAUCGUCCAGCAAACGACACAGGGCCUGCUACGAAAAUUGAAAUCGAGCGGGACGAAGCUUUCCAACGAUUUUUAAACAAGCUGGGACAAAAUAGCAAGGGAUUCCAACGGAAAAGAGCGCAGGAACAAUCCAGGAUGGACAGCGGCUACGACGAUGGCGUGAAGGAAUCCCUAAGAGAGAGUCCCGUCGAAACGUCCACACAGCGGCAUCGGGCGCACGGCGCUGAUCUACGGAAGAAGCCUAAUUCUGAGCUACUCAACAACAGCCAUGCUCGGGGAACGGAGACUCACCACCAGAAAGACGGGAGCAGCAACUCGGCGGACUCGGGCGUCUUUCCCAAUAUGUCAAGUAAAUUCAGAAAUUUCAAUCCCAAAGCGAGAGAGUUUCUCUCAUUCGCUCUGUGUACAGAAUCCAGCUCUGAAGAGGGGAAUAUGGAACCGCUUCAGCCAUUCCCGGCUCUUUUCACUCAAAAAGAUGGUCAGGCAAAUGUCGCGUCCCUGGCAGAAUUAGCUCCCCUCACGGAUAUCUCCUCUGUCCAACCGCCGCCUCCUUAUGGAUUUGUGCCAUUUGCAGCUGCGAACGGAGCUACCGACCCUCUAACACUCAAUAACUUGAUGGCGAGAAGAUUCAUUCCGGUGUCUGCAGACCAGUUCGGAGGCUCGCUCCAGGCGCCAGCUAUCCCAUUACAGCCACUAUCUUUGGUCACCCCGGCGAUGUUUCAACCGCAGCCCGUUUUGCAAGCAGCACCAGGCAAUAUAAUGGGGUUUCAAGCACCUAAUCUUAUGAAUACCGCAUUUCCUUUGACAACCAGUUCGGCUAAUGCGUACUUCAACAUGCCGUCCGGCCAAAUGUCGCUCAUGGGAGCCGCUCCUCCUCAUCCACCGCAACCACAGCCACACCCAGUACCAAAGCCUCGCCGUCCAGACCCAAGAGACCAACAGGCAUACGAGGCGUGGAUUGAGUGGCGCAAGGCGAACCAGCCAGGUUAUGCUUACGAAUGCCGCCUGAGACAGCAGCGACGAGCUCAGCGGAGCUCAGAAGAGAAAGUCCCGGGUAGGGUCACUGUGGGUCAUAAGUCCCGAGCCCUUGCCUCAUCGUGA